CUGUUAAAAAGCUCAAAAGUAAUUUUGAGAUUUGAGCGGUAGUUUUUGCUCAUUUUUCUCUCAUCUCCUACAUAUAACAAAGAGCCCAACAAUCAGCAAAUUGAAUAAUAACUGCUUCGCUCAGAAAAAAACUAACUCGGUGGAUUCAAUAGCGCUAUGUUUGCUAAAUUUUUUGAAAAGCUCAAUCCCACGCCACCGUGGAACGGAGUGUACACUACAGAAGAUCAAAUGGAGAGUAAUUACUACUCUAGGCUUUUGGUGUAAAGAACAGGAUAUACAAGAGGAGUUCCAAUUAGUGGACUUCAUAAGCUCUCUAAUAAUGCACCCGAAGGAAGUGAGAAAUUGACAGACCUGGAAGCAACAGUUUCUGUUCACUAUGGAAUUCCAUGUACAGCAUCCAUUCUGGCAUUUGACCCUAUUCAACAACUCUUGGCAAUAGGAACAUUUUCCUGCAAAACCAAGGAUUUUUAGUGGGCAUCUCAAAUGGAAAUGAUAUCCAGGUAAUCUGUGAUCUUUCUGCUGUGCAAUAUGACCUGGUAAAGACUAGUUUCCGAGCUGGGCAUUACUUGAAUCUUUUAGCUCAGUGGUGGAUAUGUCUAGCAAUAUGCUUUUACUUUGAGGGAACCUUUUGAUAUCAGAGUGUAGGCAAGUUAAUUCACACAGACACAGGUACCCAAGAAACUCUUCUCUCGCAUUCAUGUGUUUUUGGGAGAGAUGGUAUUACUGUUAAUCAGCCAUGAAUCUGCACCACUCUAUUCUUCUCCUCUAUCAGUGCUUAUAUCUCCCCACUUUUCCAUAUGCUGCAUUCGUAUCUCUUUAACAGUUAAUUUCCUUUAACAAUUGACAGGUUUGGGAUCUAGAGAACAGGAGAAUAUCUUCUAGUUUACAAUGGGAGUCAAACAUUACUGCGUUCUCCGUUAUCUAUGAUACUCAUUACAUGUAAAUGGGUUCGUGGGAGAUGAAUAUGGUUAUCUCUCUGUUCUGAAGUACGAGGAAGGAAUCAUGGAACUGUUGCCUUAUCACAUCCCUCCGAACCUUAUAUCUGAAGCUGCUGAAAUUUCAAUACCCGACCAACUCGCCAUUGUUGGUUUACUUCCCCAACCUAGUUCAAAUGGAAAUAGAGUCCUGAUUGCUUAUGAGAAUGGAUUAAUUGUUCUCUGGGACAUUACAGAAGAUCGGGCUGCUCUAGUUAGAGAGUUUAAACAACUCCAAUCAAAGGAUGAAAUUGUUGUUUAUGCUUCAAAAAAUGCUAGCGAAGAGAAGUUUCGUGCUUCAUCUGAUAAACAAGAAGGGGAAAAAGAAAUAAGGUCACUCUGUUGGUUGUCAUCUGAUGGGUCAAUUUUGGCUGUUGGUUACGUUGAUGGCGAUAUCUUGUUGUGGAAUUUAUCAGUUCCUGGCAAGAGAAGUCCAGAGGCUGAAGCUUCGUCUAGUUAUGUCAAGCUCCAGCUCUCAGCAGGAGACAAAAGACUCCCUGUUAUUAUUCUGCGUUGGUCUGCUAAAAAUACACAGAAUGAUUGUGGGGGGAAGCUAUUUGUCUACGGUGGUGAUUCAAUUGGAUCAGACGAAGCCUUGACGGUUCUGAAUCUUGAUUGGUCCUCCGGGAUAAAAGCACUGAAAUGUGUUGGACGAGUAGACCUUGGACUUGAUGGAUCUUUUGCAGAUGCCAUUGUUGUUUCAAAUGCUAAUGAAACAGGAAUUGAUGAUGCUUCUUCCUUGUUUGUGUUGUCAAAUCCAGGGAAACUGCAGUUUUAUAACAAGGCCAGCUUGUCUGCUUUAAAAUCUAACCCAGAGAAGAAGCAUGCAGCUUUUGCUGUUGAGUAUCCUACAGUUGUACCUACCCUUGAACCACGUAUAACUGUGGCAUACCUAUAUUCAGUGGAUGGGAAAUGGAAUUCCUCAAGGACUCCUUCAGAGGAAGUUGUGGACGCGCAACUCCGUCCAGCUCAUGGUGUGACUAAAUUGGAAAUCGAAAUGCCUCUAACUAGUAGUAUUCCCAGACAACUUCCUCCUACUAAGGAUGAUGGAAUAGAGAGAGUACUUGUUGCUGGCUAUCUGGAUGGAUCUGUCCGUCUGUGGAAUGCAACAUUUCCAGUCUUUACACUUCUAGCUGUUCUGGAAUCUCAGUAUGAUGUCGGGUUGAAGGGCAUUCAAGACACUGGUCCUAGAACAGCAAUAUCCGCUUUGGACUUCUCCUCCACAGCUUUAACUCUUGCCAUUGGCCACCAAUGUGGCCAGGUGCAUUUGUAUAACCUCAAAGGGCAGUCUAAGACAACUAGCUCCAACUUGACUAUGGAUGCUGAACAGGACGUUCAGUUCUGUCCAGGUGAUACUGGAUUUCAGUUUUCCCUGAUAAAAUCUCCAGUAUGCAUCCUAAAAUUUGUAGCAGUGGGUGCCAGGCUUAUUGCUGGUUUUGAAAGUAGCCAGGUUGCCAUGCUUGAUGUUAGUUCAUCAUCAGUUUUGUUCAUUACGGAUUGUUUAUCCAGCUCAAGUUCCGGAAUCACUUCUGUGGCUGUGAAAACAUUGGGUAAUGUUGUUGAAGACACUGUGGAACCCUGUGAAGAUGGAACAACAAAUGCAUAUGUGAAGGAAGUUAUUUCAGUAUUAACCAGAGAUGCAGAAGUAGUAUUGCUUGAUAGCUCCACUGGAAAAAAAAUUAGCUCCCAGGCACUACACCCUAAGAAGAUGUCAACUGCUAUAUCUCUACAUAUUUUAGAUAGCAUCACAUCUGUUUCUGAAGAGUCACAAAAACAUUCUUCAAUGCUAGACAAUGCUGUGCAGCCUGAAGAUUUGAUGCAGAAGUAUAUUGAUUCACAAAUUUUACUUUGUUGUCAGGAGGGCUUGCAUUUGUUCUCCUUAAGUUCUAUAAUUCAGGGCGAUAUCAACCCUGUACAUGAAGUGAAACUUGCUAAACCUUGUUCUUGGACUUCCAUUCUUAAGAAUGAUGCUGAAAAUUUUGGACUGGUUUUAGUAUAUCAGAAUGGAACAGUUGAAAUAAGGUCCUUGCUGGAUCUUGAUGUCUUGGGAGAAUCCUCAUUAAUGUCUAUACUUCGAUGGAAUUCCAAGAUAAACAUGGAUAAGACCAUAAGUUCUCCUGAUAAAGCGAUGAUUUCACUGGUGAAUGGGUCUGAAUUUGCUGUCAUUUCACUGUUGGCCUUUGGAAAUGACUUCAGGGCUCCGGAAGGUUUACCUUCACUGCAUAAGAAAUCUCUCGCGACUGCUGCAGAUGAUGUCAGUACAUCCCAGCAUCAAAAGAAGAAACAGAAUACCAGUAUAUUUGGUGGCAUCGUGAAAGGGUUUAAAGGACAGCAGGCUGCUGAUUACGUUAAUGCUCGAGAUUCUCUUGUUUCUCAUCUGGAAAACAUAUUCUCGAGAUUUCCUUUCUCAAACCCUACAAAUGUAACAGAUGACCUUGGAAGCCUGGAACUGAAGUUAGAUGAUAUUGAAAUUGAUGAAACUGUUCAUGUUACUUCAUCAUCUCUCAGCAGUGAUGAUGUCAAAAUCGAAAAGGAAACCGAUAGAGACAGGUUGUUGGAAGGUGGUUCUACUGAUGCCAAGCCAACAGUAAGAACUCGUGAAGAAAUCAUUGCUAAAUAUAGAAACAAGGGGGAUGCUGCCUCUGCUGCAGCACAGGCAAAAGAUAAGCUUCUCGAGCGUCAGGAGAAACUCGAGAGGCUCAGUAAAAACACUCAAGAGCUACAAAGUGGUGCGGAGAACUUUGCGGAUCUUGCAGGUGAGCUUGUCAAAGCCAUGGAGAAACGUAAGUGGUGGAACCUGUAAUUGUAAGGCUAAUACGCACACACAAAAGGCAUAAUUGUACAUAUUAUAAACGUGUAUGAUACAUUUUUCUCUAUGUUAAAUGGUACAGAAAAAGCUAAAUUUGACACGCGUAAAGGUCUACAGUGAAUUGUUGACUCUU